AUGGAAGGAGAUUAUGUCACUUUACACACUGAUGUUACUGCAAUACAUGAGGAUGAAGACAUACUGUGGAAAUUUGGAAAUGAAAAGUCUCUCAUAGCUCAAAUCAAUAGAGAGAACCAAAUCUUCCCUGAUGGGAGAUUCAGAGACAGACUGAAGCUGAACAGACAGACUGGAUCUCUGAACAUCACAAACAUCACAACUCAACACACUGGACUCUAUGAAGUAAAGAUUAGUGGAGCAAGACAGUCAACAAAAUCAUUCAGUGUUUCUGUCUAUGCUCGUCUGCGCACACCUAAUAUUACCAGAGAUUCUUCUCAAAAUCUUUCAACAUUAUCAUCAUCAUCAUCAUCAUCAUAUUGUUCAUUGGUGUGUUCAGUGGUGAAUGUGGGUCAUGUGACUCUCUCCUGGUACAAAGGAAACAGUUUAUUGUCCAGCAUCAGUGUGUCUGAUCUCAGCAUCAGUCUCUCUCUACCUCUGGAGGUGGAAUAUCAGGAUAAAAACACCUACAGCUGUGUGCUCAACAAUCCCAUCAACAACCAGACCAGACGUCUUAAUAUCACUCAAAUCUGUCAUAUUCGCUCAGGUACAAUAGUGGUGAUAGUAAUGAUUAUUUAUUAG